AUGGGAUCUCUACAGUUGAGGAAGAUGAGGAGAGUAGCUCAGAUUCGCAAUAAGAGGGGCUUCCCCGGUACGAUAUGGCAGAGGAAGGCUACACGAUUGAGGGUCCAAGCAGCGGCCGUGUUGCCAAAGUGUAAACGGCACAAUUACGACGGCUGCUGCGGAUCUGCUUGCGUUCUGCAAACCGAUGAUGACGGCCACGCGCCAGGAUCCCCUCAUCGGCAACAACAGCGGUGCUCCUGCGGACGACUUGAGGCAGGAGGUCCGCGAGUGCCAGAAGGAGAUAAGCGUGGAAGGUUGGGAAUCCUGGCGGAGGCAGAGGUCAUUGGCGGAACGGAUAACUUGAGGAAAAACCAGCUACAGCACCUGAAGACGUUGCAAUCACUCCUUGGAGCUGUUCAGAUGACGACUGGAACAUUGAAACCCGACAAUGCUGCGGCUCUUUGGGAGAAAAUAAACACGGGAUACACUGUUCCUCUUGCUGAGGACCUAAGGAUAAUGACUACCUGGCGUAUCAGCGGAGAUUUCAUUAUCUUGCUGCAACGGUAUAAGGACCUGUCUACAGACACAGAAGACUUCCACCAUGAUAUUUUUCUCCUUGGAAAUCGAGAUAACCAGCAAGAGCUCGUCAAGACGAAGAUCAACAAAUUCUAUGCCACUGGCCAGAGGCUUAUCUCAAAUAUUGAUAAUGAUGACUUGACGAAGCAGUUGACAAAUUGUACAAACAAGACCCAAGUAUGCGGAAUGUCCGAACAUCACCUUGUAAGUGAAUGCCACCAUCCCUACGAACAAUACGACGUCCAAUUCAUCUACCAUGACGUGCGUAUGAGGGAUACGUGCUGGCACCUGUACCCUGAACUCGCAACUGAGAAAUGGCGUGAGAUGAACAAGGAUAAGAUCAUUCCAAACAACAGAAGCUCCAGUGGCUCUGGCGGGGGCCGCUGGACGCAAGAAGGAUAA